CCCCGCCAUGCCGCCAUGGGCGACGACGACGAGGCCCGGGGGCCCAGCGGGGAGAGCGUCGGUCGGCAGUAUGAAAACCCCUGGACAAUCCCAAAUAUACUGUCCAUGGCAAGGAUGGGUUUGGCACCGGUUUUAGGCUAUUUGAUUGUUGAAGAAAAUUUCAAUGUUGCACUGGGUGUCUUUGUUUUGGCCGGCGUGACGGAUUUGUUGGAUGGAUUUAUUGCACGAAACUGGGCUAAUCAAAAAUCGGCUUUGGGAAGUGCUCUCGAUCCUCUGGCUGAUAAAAUUCUCAUCAGCGUGCUCUAUGUGAGCCUCACUUGUGCAAACCUUAUCCCAGUUUCACUCACUUCCAUGAUUAUCCUGAGGGAUGUAGCGCUCAUUGCUGCUGUUUUUUAUGUGCGAUACAAAACUCUUUCUCCACCGAGAACACUCAGUAGGUAUUUUAACCCUUGUUACGCUACUGCCCAAUUAAAACCAACAUUCAUUAGCAAGAUGAAUACAGCGGUUCAGCUGAUGUUGGUGGCGGCUUCUUUAGCAGCUCCUGUUUUCGAUUACGUGGACAGCGUGUAUCUGCAGACAUUAUGGUGCAUCACAGCUUUUACGACGGUGACGUCUGCCUACAGCUAUUACCAUUACGGCCGCAAAACGGUUCAGGUGAUAAAUAAUAAAUGAAGUUAUUCCCCAAAGGGCUGGGCUGCCCACGGGGGCCCUAACGCAACCUGGUUUUGGAUCAAGAGCUUUUUUUGGUUUUUUUUUUUUUUUUUGCUUAAAACCAUGGAUGGCAUCACAAUGAAAUGAAGUUUGAACAUGUACUGUGUAUAUAUAAAUAGAGAGACUUUUCAAUGUAUUUUUAAUUUGUUUAAAAAAUAAGGUUGUUUACGAAAACAAAUAAAUAAUAUUCUUAAGGAUGCAGGUCACUGGUUGCUGCCAUGUGCAUUCUGAAUAAUUUUCUACUGGUUUUGAAGUCAAAAUACACUUUUCAACCAGCUUUCUUGCCACCUUCACGCAGGGCGCUAAGUAGGCUGAGAUCGGGGAAGAAAAAAGCAGUUUUAAGAAGAAAAUUGUCUUUGUACCUCAGCCUAAGUCAGUAAACCAGCGUUGCUCGUUAGGACUUAAUGACAUACUGCAGCUUGUGGUGGAAGGAAGCGUAUCGUGGAGGAACUGCAUCUCCAGACGUUUGAACAGGAGUGACAGGAAUUGGACGGAACGUUCCGUGACGAUGGGGAGAAGCCAGGAGGAGAGAACUCCCUGCUCCCUUGUCUCCUUAACCACCAGCAAUGGUCACCCCACUCACUAGAGAGGAGUUUUGGGUCCCGGAGGGCUCAGAUUUCUGUUUCUCAUGGCACAUAUUGAAAGAAGCUCCUGUUUCUCCGGAUUCCUUGAUGCUUCCUAAAGGCGCUGUUUAAUCUCCCACAAGAAGAAGGACAUUCUUAGUUUGUUUGGACAAUACUUAAAGAGUGAAAGGAACUUGUCUGCCCGUUCUCCGCUCACAGAAGGAUGCAGAGUAAAGAACUGGGCAGGACGGACACCCUGUCAAUCACAGACUUAUAUUUUUCUAUAUUUGAGCAAUGUGAUUAUUUCUUGUAUAUCAUAAAGAGUGCAGCUACAAAGGGCUUAAAUGAUGGAAACGGGGUGGUAGGUGAUGCCACCGUGUUACCAGCAGAAGAAAACUUGCUGUAGACACCUCUCUUGAGAGCACACAGUCUUGCUUGUGGCUGCAGAUGCUUGUGCAGGCAAAGCAUUUUAAUAUUUUUUUGAUAUUUAAACUUGUAUAGGAUGGUGCACAGAGAAGACACUCAUUUUUUGUUAGUAUCUUUUCCUUCACUGUCCCUGAGUUCUGUGCUCUCCCCUGCAUCUUCUAGCCCAGGGCACGGAGCGAAGCCUAUGGACCUUUCCUUAAAAUUCCUGAAAAUUCAGUAAAGUGGAGUGCUUUUUCUUGAAGAAA